GUCCAGAGUGGUACUUGGUCAGAGUGGAGCUGACAGUGACAGAUGUAAAUGAUAAUAUCCCAGAAUGGAGCAUGAUUCCGGCUCCAUACCUGGCGGUGGUCUCCUCCGACGCCCCCGCAGGCUCGCUGGUCUACAAGCUGCACGCUCAGGACGGGGAUGAAGGGAACAACGGGGAGGUGGAGUACUUCAUGUCUGAUGGCGGUGAAGGUCGUUUUGAGGUGGACAGGAAGAACGGCCAGGUGCGGACCACCGGCCUCCCCCUGCAGCGGGACAGGGAGUACCUGCUGACCGUAGUGGCUGCCGACCGGCUGGGGAGCCGCAGUGCCCCUGUGGUGGUCUCUGUGGUGGCGGGGGCCAGGCCCCCCCAGUUCACCAACGCCUCCUUCACCAUUGCCAUACCUGAAAACACCCCUGAAGGACAGCCAUUCCUAGUCACCCCUGCUGUGUCCUUCCAGAAGAAACCAAUCAGCUACAGCCUUCUCAUCAAUCCCAGCAGCCUCUUCUCCAUCUCAGCAGAGACCGGUGAAAUCAGCCUGACCCGUCCUAUCGACUACGAGAGCGACCAGCAUCGCUACCUUCUGUUGGUGCGAGCCAGCGAGGGCCUGGACAGCAUGAGCAGCGCUGCCGAGGUGUGU